AUGUCUCGAUGCCGCUACGGGAGAUCAGCACGUCGAAGACAAUCAUUAACGACCAGCACGGAUGUGUACGCGCCACCGGCGGCGACGACGACGGCCUGGAUCAUCGAGAACGGCGGAAUCAGUGCUGUACGCGUCAUCACAACCCGAGUAACUCUACAACAUGAGCACGAUACACGACGAGGAAGAUGUGAAAACUCACCAGGAUCGCGGUUGGCCGCGGGCGGCGGUGCUAGGUUGAUGGUGGAGGGUUUGUAUUCAGUGAGGCAGACUGGAGGUGGUGCGGGCCCUUUCCCGUCGAAGUCGCGAUAUAUGAGUGGAGAGGUGAUGAUGACGUCCUGGGCACGGAAAUGUACAGGAACGUCACGGACGAGCUCUCAUUCGACGUUGACGGCGGUGUCGCACCGAACGAGUAUGAGGGAUUGGUUGUCAACCGGCCAUAUAGAAGACAACCAGGAACGACGAGGGACGAUAGGCAAGGGGAAGGACACAACGACGACAACGACCUCUGAUGCUGCCCCCCCCCCGAACACAGGCUAA